AUGCGUCACCACUCCAUAGCUCCACGACUCGUCGCCACCCUCGCCAUCAGCACUGCGCUGGUCAGCGCCCAAGACUAUACACCAAAACAUGAACAGGGACGCUGUGCCUUCCGCGGGCAAUGCGGCAAGCAGAGUUUCUUUGGAAAGGAGCUGCCUUGUGUCGAUAAUGGCCUCGCACAAAACCCAGAGGCCGAGCUUCGGAGCGAGCUAAUCGAACUCUGUGGCGAGGAAUGGCGUGAGGGUCCAGUUUGCUGCACGCUGCCGCAAGUACAAGCCCUGAAAUCCGAGCUUGGUACCCCCAACACCCUGAUCGGAUCGUGCCCGGCAUGCAAGCACAACUUCUUCAACACCUUCUGCAAAUUUACUUGCUCUCCGGACCAGUCGCUCUUUGUAAACAUCACAAGUGCUGCUGAAAAGGGAGACAAUCUGCUAGUCACCGAACUUGAUCAUCUCAUAUCCGACGAAUACGGCGCUGGCUUCUAUGACAGCUGCAAGGAAGUCAAAUUUGGGGGCGCCAACUCAAGAGCCAUGAACCUCAUCGGAGGCGGUGCCAAAGAGUACAAAGCCUUUCUCAAAUUUCUUGGAGAUAAGAAACCCUUUGCUGGUUCUCCAUUCCAGAUGAACUUCCCGCGAACCUACGACGACCCAGCAAUGCGUCCCCUGGAUAUGAAACCCAAGAAGUGCAACGACGAGGAUCCAGACUAUCGCUGUGUCUGUGUCGACUGCCCCGAAGUCUGCCCCGAUCUUCCCGAAGUCAAGAAAAAUCGUUCAUGCCGCGUCGGUGCUCUGCCGUGCUUGUCGUUUGCCUCCGUCUUCGUUUACAGCGUGCUGCUCUUUGCUCUGGCGGCGCUCUUGUCCGGUCAUGUGGCAUGGAAGAAGUAUUCCAUGAGAAAAGCUGAGCGAACUAGGCUUCUGCACGAAGCUUCUCAUAGCGAUGAUGAGGACGAAGGUGGCCCUGUUCACUCUGAAGCCAUGCGCGAUCGUCCCGUCAAACGAUACUGGUUAAACGAUCGAUGUGAUAAGGCCUUUUACCAGCUGGGGCUUUCCGCUGCGAGCUCCCCCGCCUUGACUAUCAGCAUUUGCCUCGUUGUCGUGGCGGUAUUGAGCGCGGGUUGGGUUCACUUUGAUUUAGAAAAGGAACCUGCUCGACUUUGGGUCAGCCCAUCCUCUGCCGCAGCACAAGAGAAAGCGUAUUUCGACGACAACUUCGGACCAUUCUAUCGCGCCGAACAGGCUUUCCUUGUCAACGACACCAUCUCAGAUGGACCCUCUCCGGUUCUCAGCUACGAAACUCUUCAAUGGUGGAUCGGCGUUGAAAGAAGCAUUCAGAACCUUGAAAGUCCUACUUAUGGCAAGUAUCUUCGAGAUCUUUGCUUCAAGCCAACAAAUGAUGCGUGCGUUGUUCAAUCUGUUUCGGCGUACUGGGGGUCCAAGGGCGGUUUUGGACGCGAGACUUGGCAAGAUGAGCUCCGUGCCUGCGCAAAAAGCCCAGUUGAAUGUCGCCCCGAAUUUGGCCAGCCCAUCGAACCAGAGAUGAUUCUCGGCGGUUACGAAUCUGAUGUUGCGGAAGCAAAGGCGAUCACAGUGACGUGGGUGGUAAAUAAUGCACCUGGAGACACCACCGAAUUUGCUCAUGCUGUUGACUGGGAGAAUACUCUUCGCGACAAGCUUCUGCAAGUUCAAAAGGAGGCUGUUGACCGUGGUCUCCGCCUUUCUUUCAACACCGAAAUCAGCCUCGAGCAGGAACUCAACAAGUCUACUAAUACUGAUGCCAAAAUUGUCGUCAUCAGCUAUGUCGUCAUGUUCAUCUACGCCUGCUUGGCUUUGGGCAUGCCUUUGAAGCACAUCUUCCGCAAUCCUGCUGUUCUUUUGGUUGAAUCCAAGGUCACUCUCGGAUUGGUUGGCAUCAUCAUUGUUCUCAUGUCUAUCUGUGCGUCUAUUGGUUUCUUUUCCUGGGUGGGAUUGAAGGCGACUCUGAUCAUUGUCGAAGUCAUUCCAUUUAUUGUGCUGGCGGUUGGCGUGGACAACAUUUUCCUCAUCGUCCACGAGCUGGACAGAGUGAAUCUGAGCUGCCCUGACCAGUUGGUAGAAGAGCGAGUCGCUCGAGCUCUCGGCAGAAUGGGGCCUUCCAUCCUGUUCUCUGCUCUGACGGAGACUGUUGCUUUUGCGCUUGGCGCCGCUGUCGGUAUGCCCGCUGUCCGCAACUUUGCCGCAUAUGCGGCUGGUGCCGUGCUUGUCAAUGCUAUUUUGCAAAUGACUAUGUUUGUGUCUUUCCUGGCGCUCAACCAGUUGCGUGUUGAGGAUCAUCGCUGCGAGCUGUGGCCAUGGUGGCAAGUCAAGACGGCUCGGGUGCAUCUGAGCUCUGGCAAUGGAUACACCACGGGCAGGGCAUCUGAUAUCGACGAGGAAAGCAUGCUGCAGGUGUUCAUCAAGAACACAUACUCGACCGCUAUCCUUGCGAGAAAGGCCAAGAUUAUCAUCAUUACAGUUUUCCUGGGCCUAUUUGCUGCAGCGAUCGCCUUACUUCCAACCAUGCAAAUUGGCCUUGACCAGAGGGUUGCCAUUCCAGAUGGAUCAUAUCUCAUCCCCUAUUUCAACGACAUGUACGCUUACUUCGGUGUUGGGCCCCCCGUCUAUUUUGUCGCCAGAGAGAAUGUCGCGCAAAGGACCGAGCAGCAAGAGCUCUGCUCAAGAUUUACAUCUUGCCAGCAGCUUUCAUUGACAAAUACUCUGGAAAUGGAGAGGCGCAGACCCGAUGUUUCAUAUAUUGCAUCGCCAACUGCUAGCUGGAUCGACGACUUCUUUUUAUGGCUGAACCCAGCCUACGAGACGUGCUGCGUUGAGGGUCGAUCGGCCUGCUUUGCCGACAGAGACCCUGCCUGGAAUACAAGCCUUUCUGGCAUGCCUGAGAACGAGGAAUUCCUGCACUACCUCGACAAGUUCUUGAAGAGCAACGCCGACGAGGAGUGCCCGUUAGGAGGCAAAGCUGCGUACGGACAAGCCGUUGUUCUCGACCAAGCUGCUACUGGUAUCAAAGCCAGUCACUUUAGAACGGCGCACACGCCGCUUCGCAGUCAGAAAGACUUCAUCAACGCCUACUCUUCUGCACGCCGCAUCGCGUCUGACAUCUCUGCGCGGACUGGUGCCGACGUAUUCCCAUACAGCGUUUUUUACAUCUUCUUUGACCAGUACCUCAGCAUCAUCCCCCUCACUGCCGGUCUCUUGUCCGCGGCCGUCGGCAUCAUCUUCGUGGUAGCCUCUGCCCUGCUCGGCUCCGUGCUCACCGCCACCGUCGUUUCUGUAACCGUCAUCAUGAGCGUCAUCGACAUUAUGGGCGCCAUGGCCGUCUUUGGCGUCUCCCUCAACGCCGUCUCCCUCGUCAAUCUCAUCAUCUGCGUCGGCAUCUCGGUCGAGUUUUGCGCCCACAUUGCGCGCGCGUUCACAUUUCCCUCGCGCACCGUGCUCGAGAGCAACACCAACGCUCUGCGGGGCAGAGACGCGCGCGCCUGGACGGCGCUCGUCAAUGUCGGCGGCUCCGUCUUCUCCGGCAUCACCAUUACCAAGCUGCUCGGCGUGUUUGUACUCGCGUUUACGAGCUCCAAGAUUUUUGAGAUUUACUAUUUCCGCGUGUGGCUCUCGCUCGUCAUCUUUGCGGCCCUUCAUGCGCUCGUCUUCCUGCCCGUCGCCCUGAGCAUUGCCGGCGGCGGCGGCUACGUGGACCCGGAAAGCGAGGGUACAGCGGCACAGGAUCUCACGGAUCGUCGGUGGCGCGCGAUUCGCAUCGGCGACCAGAGCGACUCGGAGGAUGAAUACUAA